AUGCUGAGGAAGGGUUCGGAGUUGCUCCUGGCCACAGGAGGUGACAGGGAGGUGCUGCUCGAUCUGGAUUACGUGACGGGCAAUCGGGGCGAACCCCAAAACACAGACAGCUAUGGGAGUCUGCAGAACGGGGGUUUCAUCCCACCAAGAUAUGAGGAGACGGCGAGCGAGAAGAAAACCAUCCAUUAUCUGAAACUGAGCGCCCCUUGGGAUGUGUUGGUGUAUUACGCAGAGGAGCUCAUUCUGAGAGCACCCCUACAGGCCCAACCAAACCCAAACUUCAACACUUCUGACCGGAUCCUUCGGAAACUAUACAUUCCCAACGUCAUGGCGGAGUCCUUGCCAAACAGGCCACUGGACUACUACACUUGUGCCUUUCGCAAGUCAAAGAUGGAGAAGUUCCUCGGCUGUGAGAACCAUGACACCUAUUUUACUAACACACAGAGACACCGUAUAGUGUAUGAGCUUCUGGCGAGAACGGUGUACGGCAAGAGGAAGAGAGCGGAGGUGGGCGUGGCUCGACUGCUCAACGAGAGGGCAUACACUGCAGCGUUUCCCUUGCAUGAGGGCCCCUUUGAGCUGCCAGAGUAUGAGGUGCGUCCAGAUGAGCUGAACCAGAGGCAGGUCUUGUUCCAGUAUUGGGCCCGCUGGUCUAAGUGGUACAAGUACCAGCCACUUGACCACAUCAGAGAAUACUUUGGAGAGAAAAUAGCCCUUUACUUUGCCUGGCUGGGGUUCUACACAGCCUGGCUGCUCCCAGCGGCGGUGGUGGGGGCCUUUGUCUUUGUGUCAGGAGUCAUGUCCAUGGGGACCAACACUCCUGCCAAGGAGAUCUGUAAUAGUGGGGGCAGCUACCUGAUGUGUCCUCUCUGUAAGACCUGCAAGCCCUGGAACAUGUCUGAUAUCUGCCCCAUGGCUAAGGUGGGCUACCUGUUUGACCACCCCGGGACAGUCUUCUUCAGUGUGUUCAUGUCCUUUUGGGCUGUCACCUUCCUGGAGUACUGGAAACGCAAGAUGGCCACCCUGGCUCACCACUGGGACUGCAUGGACUUCCAGGAGGAAGAGGAGCGUCCGCGGCCUGAGUUUGCGGCCAUGGCUCCUUCUAUAGAGUACAACCCAGUGACGGGAGUGAAAGAGCCCUACUUCCCAGAGAAGGCCCGGCUGUCCCGCACGCUCACUGGCUCUAUGGUCAUCAUCAUCAUGCUGUGUGUGGUUAUGAUUUUCCUGGUGUCAGUGAUUAUGUACCGUGGGAUAGUGAGUGUGAUGAUGUACCGCACAGGCAGUUUUGUGCUGCGCACUCAGGCAGGGAACAUUGCUAAUAUCUCCAGCAGUAUGGUGAAUCUGGCCCUGAUUCUGCUGAUGGGGCAGGUCUAUACUGUGUUGGCACUGCAGCUCACUAAAUGGGAGAUGCACAGAACACAGACCCAGUACGAAGAUGCAUUUACCUUCAAGGUGUUUGUAUUCCAGUUUGUCAACUUCUACUCCUCUCCCUUCUAUGUGGCAUUCUUCAAGGGAAGGUUUGUGGGUUAUCCUGGACGCUAUGGUACCUUGCUUGGCAUGAGAAAUGAAGAUUGUGGUCCAGGGGGUUGUCUCAUUGAACUGGCUGAGCAGCUCUUCAUCAUCAUGGUGGGGAAACAGCUCAUCAGCAAUGUUCAGGAGUUUGUCAUCCCUAAGGUGAAGGCAUGGCAACAGAAGAGGGCGCUGAAUAAGGUGCGGGGAACGCAGAAAUCCCAGGAGCCUCGGCGGUGGGAGGAGGACUAUCAGCUGGUGGAGUGCGAGGGCUUGUUUGAGGAGUACCUCGAGAUCGUGCUCCAGUUUGGCUUCAUCACAAUCUUUGUGGCUGCGUUCCCCCUGGCACCGCUCUUCGCCCUACUCAACAACUGGGCCGAGGUGCGCCUGGAUGCCCACAAGUUUGUGUGUGAGUACCGGCGGCCUGUGGCCGAGCGCGCUCAGAACAUCGGCGUGUGGUUUAACAUCCUGGAGGCCCUGUCGCACCUGUCCGUCAUCGUCAACGCUUUCUUGAUCGCCUUCACGUCGGAUUUCUUACCACGACUGCUCUACCAGUACAAGUUUGACAACGAUCUGAACGGAUAUGUUAAUUUCACUCUGGCCUAUGCUCCUCCCAGCUACACCAGCCAUCCCAUGUGCAGAUAUAAAGCCUUUAGGGACAACAAUGGAAAUUACACUCUGAUUUACUGGGAACUCCUGGCUGUGAGGUUAGGCUUCAUCAUCGCUUUUGAGCAUGUGGUGUUCUUUGUCCUGCGAGCGAUAGACUGGAUGGUGCCGGACGUCCCUGAGUCUCUGGGGCUGAAGGUGAAGAGGGAGCGCUACCUGGCCAAGCAGGCCCUGGCAGACAACCAGGAGGCCCUGUUGGUGAGUCAUCGAGGUUCGGCCUCCAGCCAAGGUUAG